GGAUUCCAAUUUUUCUAUUCUUCAUGAAAAAGUUUGCGGUCUUUCCUUAUAUUCAGAAAUGCUUAAAAUAUACGCGGUUUAAAAUGUGAAAAAUCAUUCUUUAUAUACUUGGAAGCCUGUGAAAAUUUUUAUAAGGCUUUUUUAUGAUUUUUACAACUAGAAAUUUUUCAAUUACCAGAGAAUGGUGCAAACAACAAGUGAACGAAAGAAGUCAAGAAGAAGCAAACAUUUCGCAAGCUAAUAGACUAUAUGAUUUGAAAGCACGAGAGUUGGACCAGAGAGCUGUGGAACUUGCUGAAUCAGAACGUCAGUGUAGAGAAGCAAUCGACCUUGCUACAGCAAAAUAUAACGCCGCAUUAGCCAGAGAAACCAAGGCAAAUAAUGAGCAGGCCAAAACUCAGGAACAAGACGAUGACUUCACAGAGAUGUCAAAUCACAUCUUUGGAGAUAUUCUUACGGAGAACCCCGAUGUUGCUCAGAGUGCUUUUGGUUCACAUCGAGUGAUUCCUGAUAGAUGGAAAGGAAUGAGUCCUGCCCAAGUGAAUGAAAUAAGAAAAACACAGCAUGAUCAGAUGCUUGAGAAACAGGUAUGGAAUAUAGCGAUCAUGAUUAAGCAUAGGGUAUAAGAAGUACAGAAUGGUGAACGCGUAAUUCGUACCACCAUGACGAUGUUUUUAUAUAGCUGUUACCACGCCCUGCUGUUACUAAGAUCACAUAUAAGAGUAGGUUGUUUUCUCUUGACUUCGUAUUUAUAGCUAUAUUCCAAUACAGGUAUGAUUUAUAUUAUUUGUCACAUAUGGUACAUUCUAAAAACACCCUGGUUAGAAAUUUCCUGGUUAAACUAAAAUUGACACUGUUGCAUGGGGUAACUUAAUGUUCCUGGUUAAACUUCCUUGUUAACUUAGCCACAGUCUUGGUUAAUUUGGCCAUGGUCCUGACUAUAUUCAAUCAGGAUUCCUGAAAUAAGAAAAACACACCAAGAAUUCCUGGUUAAUAACCCACCUAACAUAAUCUGGUUAAUUCAACCAUAUAGCCUGGUUAAGAUAACCAGGAAUCCUGGUUAAAUUAGCGACUAUAUAGUGUCAAAAUAACCAAGACUGCAUGUGAUUAAAUGAACCAGGAAAUUAAUUACCCGAAACAUGCAUGGUUAAUUUUAGAAUAACUAGAAAUUGUUAACCACGGUGUUUUUAGGUGUACAUUUCAAACUUGUAGUGGUCUAUUUUGAUAAAUAUAGAGUUUAUAUACUAGGUUCUGGUUAUCCAUUCUAUCAAACAUAGUAAGUUACGUGAUUUUGCAACGUUGUAUUCCUUCUCUCUCUAGAAUUAGUCUUUACAUACUAUUUAUAUAGUACUGUACUAUCUGUAUGCACUAUCAAUUGCAAGAUCUGAUUUGGUUUCUGUUCUUUGUGUAUAGCGUCUUGAAGAAGAAGAAAGACGGAAACAAGAAGAAUGGGAAAGAUUACAACUUGCUCAAGCUAAAGCUGGUAUUCUGGCUGAACGAGAACAAGAACGAGUGAGAAAACAAUUGAACAAGCAACUUAUCAAUGACAAUUCACGACUUGCUUCGGAACAAAAAAUCUAGUGAGUAUACAAUUGUGUCGUUUCAUGUGGCAUUUAACUGUUGUAUACCCCGGCUAAUAUAAUACCAGGCUAUCGAAUAUCUAUACGAACACUCGAAAUAUUAACAAUUGUUUAGUUAGACACGUAUAUACCAGGGGCCGGUUGUAUAAAAAAGUGAUUAAAGUUAACUAUACAGGGUGUCUAAGAAAAAACGCUAUGGAAAUUCAACAGGCUGUCGUGUAUCAUAAACGUGGCUAAACAAUUCAAGUUUUAGAUAGGACGAAAGAACAGUUAUUUAGCUUCUCAAUGAUACUCUUUUUAAAUCGUAAUGAUGAGAAAUGGCCACAUACUCGCCAAAUAAAAAUUGCCGGUCGAAAUCACAUUCUUCCACCGUUGGGAGUUGCAUGGAAAACGAACAAUAAACAAUUCCCAAGAGGGAAUUAAAAUUGAAUUGUUAAAUAAUCUAAAAUAAGCUCAACUAGUCAAUCUUUGUCUUAGUGAGACCAUAUAAGAACGUCCAUUAUUGCAUUAAACAUGGUCCCAUUAACCACUGAACAGAGAACAUUCGUAGUAAUCAAAACGUUUUACGAAACAAGUACCUUAAUUGCAGAAGGCUCGCGUUGCUUUUGGAUUGAUUAACUUUGCAUAAUUAAUGUAUUUUCAAUUCCCAACGGUGGAAGAAUGUGAUUUCAACCGACAAUUUUUAUUUGACGAGUAUGUGGCCAUUUCUCAUCGUUACGGUUUAAGAAAGGUAUCAUAGAAAAGCUAAAUAACAGCUCUUUCGUCCUAUGUAAAAAUUGAACUGUUUAGUUAAAAAGUUUGUGAUGCACAACAGCCUGUUGAAUUUACAUAGCGUUUUUUUUGAGACACCCUGUAGUUAGUGGAAAUGUCAUCCAAUAAGAAGCGCGUAUUUGAGAGUUAAUCACUAUUUAACUACAAAAUAGUGAUUAAAAAAGUGAUUAAGAGUUUUAUACAACCGGCCCCAGUACUAAAAAAUACAAGACAUUUUUCACGUCUAACACUAUUUAAGAAAAAUAUAUUGAUCAGCAGAAUUAGUGUGGGAAGUAUUUAGCAUUAAUACAAGUAAUUGAUAUAUACAUGCACGCACACAUUAAAUUUUAUGAAUUUAUUUUCAGCCAACAACAUCUCAACAAUGAAGUCUAUACAAAUCCGCCGACAGCUAAUUUCUUCAUGCAAUUCAACACAAGUAGCAGAUGAACUUCACUCUUAUUCACUGUGGAGUAUUUCAUACUUGAAAUGUUAUAAACAAGAUGUGCGAGGCUGAUAUUUUGAACACUUGAGAAAAUUGUAAAAUUUUGACGAUUUCUUAUGUAUCAGGAUAUUAUUGAAUAUUAAUUUUAAUUUUUUCGCCUUAUUAUUAUUAUUAUUAUUAUUAUCAUUAAUGUUUUACAUUUGACAAUAUCACGUUUGACUGCAGUCUAUUUGGUAUAUAAUGUAGUAUGUAUGUGAUCAUAUUUACAAACUAUAUAGGUUAAAUGCAUACAGAACUUAAAAUAGCCUAAAACAAAAAUGGAAGUCGUCUUUGUCUGUGAGGAGUGCAUGGCAGUAGUACUCCCUUCUCUAAAGAUUUGAUCACAUCAGUAAGAAUUCAUCAUUUGAGUGCUGUUAUGUCAUUUUGUUUUUGCCAGUAAAAUGUCCCUUGUGCGAAAUCAGCCAAGGGUAACUUCACAUCCUCGUACCCGGCACUAUGGUUUACAACUUCGCGCGGUCCGUGCACUAUUGUUAUAACCAGCAACCGACUACAGUUUCCACGCGCGGGUCACGCGACAACGUAGCAAACCAAAGCGCAUGGAAACGAGGCUGUUAAUGGACCAUUUGCAUUAUAGACUAAAUUUUGAUCUAGACAAAAAUUUCAUCACAGCUUGAAAGAGCAUCACAAAAUUAGUAAUAUUCCAAAGUUUCGUUGCGAAAUGUCGUAGAAUGCGGAUAAUAUAGCCUUGCGAAAUUUGCAAUUUUCAGUCAUUUUGUAUUACAAACGGGAAAUUGAUGCCCCAACACCCGAUUGGGCUGUCAAUUUCCCGUGCGUAAUACAAAAUGACUGAAAAACGGAAAAUUUCGCAUGGCUAUAUUAUCCGCAUUCUACAACAUUUCGCAACAAAACUUUGGAAUAUUACUAAUUUUGUGAUGCUCUUUCAAGCUGUCAAUGAAAUUUUUGUCUAGAUCAAAAUUUAGUCUAUAAUGCAAAUGGUCCAUUGCAUCAUGUAUUGAUGUGGUUCUCACUACCAAAAGGGUGCGAGCGAUUUUUCGCCAUGUUUUGAGUUGCAAUAAUUUCCAAGCAGUUAACUAUUAAAGACAGUUUAGCCGUACAGUAUUUCCAGUCCGUUCGCACCAAAUUCUACCGAUUGAAACCAGACACUAUUCCAGACCUAAUCAAACCAAGUCUUUCCAAAUUUUAUACCGACUUCACAUAUUGUGUCACUGAAUUCUUCCUAAUUUUGUGUACGUCAAAUAUACUGAAAUAAAGGUUAUCCUUACUUCAUUAGCCCAUGAUCACUUGCAACGUCCGCUUACUGUAUACUAUUAUAAUACCCAAUUGGUAUACACACUGUAGAGCAUUGCAUCCUGAACACCAUAUAUAGUUCUAUUACUUUAAAGACCAGAUUCUGCAAUAUCAGUUAAUAUAUCAAUUUUA